UUUUCUUUCAUCUCCUUGGCUUAGCAAAUCUCAUAGGAGCUCCGCUUUCUCGAUCCGAUCACUGGAGCGGUCAUUAACGUUACCGUCGAAGCGGUCUGCAUUCGUGAGGCGUUAGAGAUAUGAACUGGGUUCAGCGUAAGAUCUAUCUCUACAAUGUCACCUUUGGACUCUACAUGCUGGAUUGGUGGGAACGUUACCUUUUCAACACGUUGGUGAUUGUGUUGAUGUGGUUUCUCUUCUACAACAGCUCACGAUACGUAACUGAGUUCUGCAAAAGGUAG